GUAUGAGCUCCUUUUUACCUCAUUUCGAACCUUUUUGUCACCGUAGCGGACAACUUAAUCCAAUUUACCGAGCCGUCGCAUUGGCUAAAGUCUUGACAGCAAAGUGCACUGUCGCGCAAACUCACUUUGGCAAUAAGUUCUAGCCUAGUGCUACACGUCUUGUGCAUUUCCUUAAUCAAAACCACAAUGUCACUUCUCGUUAGAAGUUGCGACUUGCGAGAUCGAUAUAUGUGAGCGUCUGUGCUUCAAAGCGGAAUGGUAAUAAAGUGAGGCAUAGCGUGUUAUUUAGCUACAUUAUUUUGACACGUGCACGCUAAGUUACAUUCCUUGUCAUUUUUAGUUUAUUGUGCAUAUGCUUCACUUGCUAAAAUGAAGUAAAAUACUUUCCAGUAAGAUUUUUUAUCACCCACAAUAUUUAUGCCACAUUUACAGGGUUAUAAUUCUUUGUCCAAAUUGCCCUGGGUAAAGAAAAAAAAUCAAAACUGUAAAUUUUCACAUUAAAUUUGCAUAAGAACUGAGAUCUCUCUUAUAUUACCGCAUAUCCCCGAUAAUUGCGUGCGUUGCACGCAAAGGCCACCUAGCGGUGCAUUAGCAUUUUGAAUACAAACACAAAACACUGCAACAGACGAUCCUCUGCCUCUGAGUCAAAUGGCUGACGUGGACAACUUGGAUGUAUCAGGAAAUUUGACGGAAUCGAAAGUUUUAGAUAAAAAACCUUCGUCGGAUUCCAUGAUGUCUCUUCCUGUCAAAUUCAAUCUCUCCGUCCCAGUUGCACAAGAAUGGCUUGGUUCACGGAGAAAAAAUUUGAAACCGUGGUUUAGAUUCGUACAAACCUCAAAAUUUCAGAGUCCCACAUCGGUUCCUGCACUUGGUUCAAGGAUCGUGAAAAAUGUUGAUCAUUUCCAAAGCAAUUAUUUGUGCAUUUUUAUCAUCCUCAUUUUAUAUUGUUUGUUAACAUCACCACUACUUCUGUUUGCUGUGGGCACUUCAUUAGGAGCUUGCUAUUUGAUAUCUAGAAAAAAUGAUGAUCAGAAGCUUAGUAUACUUGGUCACGAACUAAGUUUAGCUCAACAAUAUGGACUUAUUGCCAUGGUGUCCCUACCACUCUUUUAUCUGGCUGGAGCUGGAUCUGUGGUCUUUUGGGUUCUAGGUGCAUCUAUGUUUCUGAUUGUCCUGCAUGCAUCUUUUUACAACAAUGAAUCACCUGAAGAAAGUUUUGAACAACCAAUUCUACAGGUUUAGAAAAAAUUUUGUGUGAUGGUUAAGUUUAAUAUAUUAUUUACACACUGCUGCCUUAUAUAAAUUUACUAACAUUUUGAUUUUUCUGUGUUCUCAUAAAGCCAUGGUUGUACCUAUUUACGCCUUUCACUAACAAUAAAUUAUAACGAUAUCAAAAA